AACGCAGCUCUCCGAAACGAAGCUCUGAAUCAGUGCAUCCUGGGCCUGAAUGGGGGAUGAGCAGAUGUGAACGAGCUGCUGACGACAUUAUCACGAGUCAUAAGCUGUGAGCUCACGUUUUUGAAAACCCAAAACAACAAAAAGCGUGACACCGACUGAACCAGUUUAAACCAACCGUCUCAAGUGCACAACUUAUCUUAUAUAAUGCAACUGACUGAUAAUUGUGUUUGAUGUUGACAGCUAGUGAACUAACGUCACCUACUAUUGGAAGCUAUAGGACAGUGCUCGCUUUUUGAAAGUCUAUUGAACAAACUCUACAUUCACUGAUUCAAGAUAUCACAGUCUAGUCUACGAUGACAUUUAUAGCGUACGUUGCUUUGGUGUUGCUGUCUCUGACGCAAGAUGCUGGCGCCAAGGCGCCAAGACCUGACUUUAAGAACAUUUAUGAACCCAAGACAAAUAAAACCAUUGACCAGGUCAUCUCUGAAAUGUUGGGAGGAAUGGACAUUGCCUCCAACAUGAUCUUGGCAGACGACGGAAAGAUCCUUGCAGAGCUGGACAUGUAUUUGUCACGUGAUCAGUUCUUACACAUGUACCAACCUCCCAGGGCUGAAGAAAUGUUCAAGAUGGGCAUGAUGCCAGCACCUGAUGGUGUUUCUCUGGAUGAAAACUACUUUGCCAAUUUAGCCAAGGACCAGACUUCCAGAAAGAAGAGAAAGGCUGCCAAAAGUACUACACUCCGAUGGACAGAAGGCAUCAUACCAUAUUCUUUUGCAAGUGGACAUUUCGACGAGAAGGAGCAGUACAUGAUGAGACGGGCUUUGACUGAGUGGGAGAGAUAUACAUGUGUACAAUUCAGACCUGCAACUAACCAAGACAGAAAUAGUGUCCGAUUCCAGAAUGGCGUAGGGUGCAAUUCACUACUUGGAAUGGUUGGUGGUGUCCAGGAUUUAAACCUACAGGCUCCAGGAUGUAGAUAUAAAGGUCUGUACCUGCACGAGGUUGGUCACGCCAUUGGCUUGGUUCACGAGCAUCAGCUGCCUGACAGAGAUAACUACAUCUCAAUUCUCUACCAGAACGUUCAGCCUCAGAUGAGAGUCUGGUUUAACAAGUACACGCUGGACGUGGUAGACCAGAUGAAGGUGCCAUAUGAGCUUUCCUCGGUCAUGCAUUACGGAAUAACGGCAUUUUCAGUGGAUGGACAGAAGCAGACUAUCAGAGCCAAUGACCAAUCAAGACAAGAUGAGAUUGGUGAAGUCUAUUUAAAGGAGUUGUCCUACACUGAUGUCGAGAUUGUUAACUUUAUGUACAACUGCUCCAGACGCUGUCCUGAUCCUAACAAAUGUGGACCCACUGGACAUCUAGACCAGAACUGUGAAUGUAUUUGCGAGGACGGAAGCUCUGAUUGCGAUAAAACAAAAACAACUAAAAACGCUCAAUGUGUGAAUGACUACAACAGCUGGGCCUGCUACAUCUGGGCAAACCAAGGAGAAUGUGAAAGAAACCCUAAGUACAUGAAAGCCUACUGCAAGAAAGCUUGCGGUGAAUGUGGAACUGGACCUAGAAGUCAAGGUAAAAAAUCUAGGCUCUGGUCUUGGACAUGGUUUCCAUUAAUGACCAAAAUGUUACCAAAACAAUUAAGAAACAUAGGACCUUGCAAAGAUUUCUACUCGCCCCAGAAAUGCAAAACAUGGAAAGAAAGAGGAGACUGCUCAACCAACACAAGGUGGAUGAUCAACAAUUGUCAAGCUACAUGUGGUUUGUGUGGAGAUGUUGCCACACGCCCUCAGUUUAACUGUAGCAACAUUCAUAUAGACACUCAGAAAUGUGAGGAAUGGGCCAAGAUGGGUGAGUGUGUGGUCAAUGCCCAGUGGAUGUUUGACAACUGUAAAAAGUCUUGUGGCAUGUGUCUGGAUAAGGAGGUGACUGGUGGGGGAACAGACAAUAGUGUGGAUGAGGACAAAUUGGAAUGUGUAGAUACACAUGAGAACUGUAAGUCAUGGGCUGAUAAUGGAGAGUGUCAGGCCAACCCAAGCUGGAUGAUUAACAACUGUAGAAAGUCUUGUGAGAAAUGUGAAGAUGGUUCAUGUAAAAAUCUGUAUGAUGAUGUCCAGUGUGAAAUAUGGUCCCAGAAACUGGAAUGUCUGAGUAACCCAGAAUGGAUGAUGAAGCACUGUACAAAGGCUUGUGGAACUGGUAAAUGUGCCGGAGUGACCACAUCAGCUACAGUUACCACAAGAAGACCUGGUAGUGGAUUUACCAAAUCAACAGCUAGACCUGUGGUGACCACAACUUCCUCUACUUGCAAUAAUCUGCAUAAUUCGGACACUGAAUGCCAGAUAUGGGCUAAGAACGACCACUGCCACAUCAAUCCCCGUUGGAUGAACAAGAACUGCUACAAAGCAUGCUCUGGCUGUGAUGGAUCGACCAUACUGACCACUACACCUACACUGGUCACUGGCACAGUUUCAGUGAUCACAGGAGAUCAGUGUGAAGACAUGAAUGAAGGCUGUCCUGGGUGGGCUAGAGAUGGUUAUUGUGACAGUAAUCCUAGAUAUAACUUGAUCUACUGUAAGAAAUCUUGCAAUAAUUGUAAUGGUUGUAGAGAUACUGAAGUGUUAUGUUCUGUUUGGGCCAAAGAUGGCCACUGUGAGAGAAAUGCUCGUUUCAUGAUGAGACAUUGCCAGAAAUCCUGCCAGGCCUGUCUAAUGUAUGAGGCCUUAGAUCAACUAAAGCCUGUUGACAGUGUUACUACUCCAAAAGCUAAUGGGAAUGCUGCCGUAGCCUUAGUGUCCUCAUUGUGGUCUUUGAUAUUAAUGCCUGUGUCAGUUACUUACUUCAAAUAUCUUUUGUAAAUAUUUGAUAGUUGUUAACUAAAUUUAAAUAAUUGAAUAUUUUUUGCAUUAUUAUAUUAUUUAUUAUCAUUUCAAAAAUGUGUCUCUUAUUUUGCCAGUAGGCAAAGUGGGAGGAUAAAUAUGAUUAAAGAAAUAUAGACACACCUCUUUUUUUCCCUUUUUAAUCAGUUUGGAUAGUUUCCCCCCCCCCUCUUUUUUUCCCCUAACAUCCUAACACCAAUCACAAUGUAUAUUUAAUUACAUAUUGCUAUUGAAGAAAAUGAAACAUUAUUAUGAAACAUCAAUUCUAGCAGCCAAUCGACCUACAUCUGUUUGCUGAAGACUGAAUAAUGAGGGAAAAAAAAGUUUAAAAAGUAGACUGAAUAAGCAAGAAAAAGUAUGUUGCAAAAUGUAAAUCAUAAACAAUCAUAUUAAAACAUAUUUCACUUUCAUCUAAGGUUUUAUUGAUGUUGUAAAAUAAUAAAGAUUUGUAUAAAUCA